UUCUUAUAUUGGUUAUAAGUAGUAGUAGAGUUCCUAUUCCCUAUACAUGUAAUAACCAAAUCUAUGUCAAUUGACUGUUUUUGUUAUCAGUAAUACUUCUAGUCAACAGUGGGCUUUUAGUAACUAAGUGUUUGGGGAGCAAAAGUUAUACUUGGAUUUUCAACUAUGGGAGGGGGGCAGUGUCCCAACUCUUGUUUUCAAGGAUCAACCAUACAUUUUUCUCACAAAUGGCAUUACAAAUGUUACAUCAUUUACAAAGACAUUUUACAGUAUAUUUUGUAGAUUAUUUCAUAUCAGAAAAUAUAUAGCUGCUUCAUUCUUUGUGAUACAUGAAUAAUAUUCUGUUGCAUGGAUAUACCAUAAUUUCUUUUAAGUAUUUAGGUUUUUUUCCAUUUUUUACUAUACCAAACAGCAGUGCAGUGAAUGUUCUUGUUAAUACCACUGUAUGCACAGAUAUAUUUUUACAGGAUAAAUUUCUAGAAGUGAAAUUGUUUGGGUCAGAGGGAAUGUACCUUUUAAUAAAUACUACUAAAUUUUCUCCACAGAGGUUAUACUAAUUUGUAGUCUCAUCAGCAGUGUAGUAGAGUUCCUAUUUCCCUAUAAUCUGUCACAGUGCCUGGCUCUUAGUAAAAACUAAAUGAUGAGAGUGUUGCUUAUUGUGGUGGUGAUGAUCAUGGGGUGAUAAUUAUGAUAUAGUUUUAAGGGGUAAAGUUUUGGGAUGGAAUUCCUAUAAAAAUGAUAGAUUUAAGUGUGUUCGUAGCUUGUGGGGACAUAGCUAGUAGAGUGUAAAAAUGCAGGGGAGAAGGAAUAAAGAGUCUAGAAGGGAAGAGGGGAACUCGAGUACAGACACAGGUUAACCUAAGGCAUGAGACCAAGAUAGUGAGGGUGACUGGUAUAGAUACAGAAUACUACAAAUGUAAAAGUGAAAAGUUGAUAGACCAAAUUUUUUUUGAAAUAGGAAUUGGGGUACUUAAAUAUGGAGGUAGUUGUAUUAUAAAGUACUUGAGGAGAGUGAGAGAUUUUGUAUUUUUUACUUUGUCUUCAUUUCCCUUUCCUUUAUAGGUCACCCUCGCAAUUAUGGAUAUUUAAAAGGAUCAAGCAGUGUGGAGGGGGGAGUUCCCCUCCUCACUCCCCCUUGGUGCUUGACUCUAGGAAUAAUUUAUAAACUGUGGAAAGGUUCUUUUCAUAAAGAACUUGUAUUUGACAUAAACUUUAUAGAGCUAUUUAUGAUUUUUUGAUUUCAGUGCCAAGAUAAAUUGUGCCAAGAUAUAUAGUUUUAUACUACUGCCAUGAGGAUUUAAAUUUAAUCCUGAACAGGCCAUUUAUUCUCUAUGAAUCUUUCUGAAUAACACCUUUGUAUCCGGACUUUUUCAUUUUUUAAAAUUAGUCUUAACUGACUAUUCUGAAGAAGUGAGCAGUAUAAAAACACGAUGAAUUCUUCCAUCCCAGACUGCACAUCAAAGUGUAGAUCCCUGAGGCAUGCUUUGGAUAUUCUUUCUGUGAUCACAAAGGGGAGUGAAAACCAGAUUAAGGCUUUUCUCUCCAGUCACUGUUACAAUGCUGCAAUUAUCAAAGAUGCCUUUGGCAGAAAUGCCCUCCACCUUGUUUCCUCCUGUGGAAAGAAAAGAGUGUUAGAUUGGCUUAUUCAGAAAGGAGUGGAUCCCUUGGUGAAAGACAAGGAGUCUGGAUGGACAGCUUUGCACAGAAGCAUUUUUUAUGGACAUAUUGAUUGUGUUUGGUCUCUUUUGAAGCAUGGUGUUAGUUUAUAUACUCAAGAUAAAGAAGGCUUGUCAGCUUUGGAUCUUGUAAUGAAGGAUAGGCCAACUCAUGUAGUAUUCAAAAAUACUGAUCCUACAGAUGUCUAUACUUGGGGAGAUAAUACAAAUUUCACGCUGGGUCAUGGAAGCCAGAAUAGCAAACAUCAUCCAGAGUUGGUGGAUCUCUUCUCCAGGAGUGGAGUUUAUAUCAAGCAGGUGGUGCUUUGUAAAUUUCACUCAGUGUUUCUGUCUCAGAAAGGGCAGAUUUAUACCUGUGGUCAUGGUCCCGGAGGACGUUUAGGCCAUGGAGAUGAACAGACAUGCUUGGUCCCUAGGCUUGUGGAAGGACUAAGCGGUCAUAUUUGUUCCCAGGUGGCAGCUGCUAAGGAUCAUACUGUUGUAUUAACUGAAGAUGGGUGUGUUUAUACGUUUGGUCUAAAUAUUUUUCAUCAAUUAGGAAUUAUUCCUCCACCUUCCAGUUGUAAUGUACCGAGACAGAUGCAGGCGAAAUAUCUGAAAGGAAGGACCAUCACUGGAGUAGCAGCGGGCAGGUUUCACACAGUGCUGUGGACCAGAGAAGCUCUUUACACCAUGGGAUUAAAUGGUGGGCAGCUGGGUUAUUUACUAGAUCCCAAUGGAGAAAAGUAUGUGACUGCUCCUCGUCAGGUCUCUGCCCUUCAUCAUAAGGACAUCACUCUGUCUCUGGUCGCUGCGAGUGAUGGGGCCACAGUCUGUGUUACCACAAGGGGGGAUGUUUACUUACUUGCAGACUAUCAGUGUAAGAAGAUGGCUUCUAAACAACUAAACUUGAAAAAGGUUCUUGUGUCUGGAGGGCAUAUGGAAUAUAAGGUUGAUCCUGAAAAUUUGAAAGAAAAUGGAGGUCAGAAAAUUUGCAUUCUCGCAAUGGAUGGAGCUGGAAGGGUAUUUUGCUGGAGAUCAGUCAGCAGUUCUAUGAAGCAGUGCCGUUGGGCCUAUCCACGCCAGGUCUUUAUUUCUGAUAUUGCCUUAAAUAGAAAAGAAAUUUUAUUUGUCACACAGGAUGGAGAAGGAUUUAAAGGGAAAUGGUUUGAAGAAAAAAAAAAGAGUUCUGAAAAGAAAGCAGAUAUUUUGUCAAAUCUUCAUAAUUCCUCAUCAGAAAUGUGUUGUAUCUCUGAUAUAAAUAGUGUAUAUGAAAGAAUUCGACUUGAGAAACUUACUUUUGCCCAUAGAGCUGUUAGUGUCAGUACAGAUCCAAGUGGAUGCAACUUUGCAAUCUUGCAGUCAGAUCCCAAAACAAGCCUUUAUGAAAUUCCAGUUGUGUCUUCAUCAUCCUUUUUUGAAGAGUUUGGCAAACUGUUGAGCGAAACAGAUGAAAUGGACAACAUCCAUGAUGUGACCUUUCAAGUUGGCAGUAGAGUCUUCCCUGCACACAAAUAUAUUUUGGCAGUGCAUUCUGACUUUUUUCAGAAAUUAUUUCUUUCAGAUGGAACUACUUUAGGUGGUGUAGAUGUUUACCGGAAAGAUGAAGAUUCUGCAGGAUGCCAUCUCUUUGUGGUAGAGAAGGUUCAUCCUGACUUGUUUGAAUACCUUUUGCAAUUUGUAUACACAGAUACUUGUGACUUUUUAAUACAUGGCUUCAAACCAAGAAUAAACUUAAACAAAAAACCAGAAGAAUAUCAGGGCACUCCAGAUUCUCAUUUGAAUAAAGUGAAUUGCCAUGAAGAUAAUCAGAAGUCAGCAUUUGAAGUUUACAGAAGUAAUCAAGCUCAUAUAGUCAGUGAAAAGCAGAAAAUCAAACCCAAGUCUUCCAAUAAAGGAAAAAGUGUUGAGGAAGAUGAUCCAGUGAGAAUGUUGCAAAACGUGGCAAAGAAAUUUGGUUUCAGUAAUUUGAGUAGUAGGUUAGAUGGAGUCAGAUAUGAAAAUGGAAAAAUUAAUGUUAUUUCCAAGAAAACUGGUAAUAAACCAAAGCUGAAUCAGAAAAAAUGUUCAUUUCUAUGUGAUGUUACCAUGAAAUCAGUGGAUGGAAAGGAAUUUCCUUGUCAUAAAUGUGUCCUUUGUGCUAGACUUGAAUAUUUUCAUAGUAUGCUGAGUAGCUCAUGGAUUGAGGCUUCCAGUUGUGCAGCUCUGGAAAUGCCAAUACAUUCUGACAUACUGCAAGUGAUUUUGGACUACCUCUAUAAUGAUGAAGCUGUGGUGAUAAAAGAAUCUCAAAAUGUGGAUUUUGUUUGUAGUGUUCUUGUAGUGGCUGAUCAGCUUCUCAUAACUCGAUUGAAAGGGAUUUGUGAAGUAGCAUUGACUGAAAAACUUACCCUUAAGAAUGCUGCUAUGCUACUAGAAUUUGCAGCAAUGUAUAAUGCUGAACAAUUGAAACUGUCUUGUUUACAGUUUGUAGGACUGAAUAUGGCAGCUUUACUUGAAGCAAGGUCUCUUGAUGUUUUAAGUGAUGAUGUUCUGAAGGAUCUUUCUUUGUUUUAUCGAAAAAUGAUUCCAGCAAUGGAUAGAAGAGUCAUUACACCAUAUCAAGAUGGACCAGAUAUUAGCUAUUUGGAAGUAGAAGAUGGAGAUACCUUUUUGAAAGAAGAAAUAAAUGUGGAACAAAAUUAUUUGGAAAGUGUGUUUAAGAAGGCAAAAACAAAAGCAAAAAAGAAGCCACGGAAACGUUCAGAUAGUUCUGGAGGUUAUAACCUUUCAGAUAUUAUUCAGAGUCCACCAUCUACAGGAUUAGUAAAGUCUGGUAAGACCACUUCUGUGGAAUCUCUUCCAGAACUAUUGACAUCAGACUCUGAAGGAAGCUAUGCAGGAGUGGGUAGUCCUAGAGAUUUACAGUCCCCUGAUUUCACAACAGGAUUUCAUCCAGACAAGAUUGAGGGGAAAAUUAAACCAUAUGUUAAUGGUACACCUCCUACAUAUUCUAGGGAAGAUUUAAAAUCAUGGGAAAAAUCACCAUCUGCUCCACAGUCCAUUCCCAGUAAUGGAAUCAAUAAUACCAGCUCUUCCAGUUGGGCUGCUGGCUCUCUCAGUCCUGUCAGCCCUCCUGUCAUGGAUCUCAGAACCAUCAUGCAAAUUGAAGAAAACAGACAAAAAUGUGGAGCUACACCAAAGACAAAUUUGGGCAAAAUGAUUUCUCAUGGAGUUAAACUUUCUCAAAAACAACGAAAAAUGAUUGCAAUGACUACCAAAGAGAGUAAUUCAGGAACGAAAAGCAUGGAAACAGCUUUAACCAAUCCUUCAAAAACACCCAAACCAGCGAAUGCAUGGGCAUCUUCUCUACAUUCAGUUUCAUCCAAGUCAUUCCAAGAUUUCAUAGAAGAGAAAAAGUCAAUUAUUGGCCAUAAUUCAGGAGAUCAUGUCAAAAAAAUUUGUUUUAAAGGAAUAGAAAAUUCCCAGCCUUCAAAAGUUGUAAGAUGCUUCACUCAUGGUACCUUAGGACCAGAAGCCAACCAUACUUCAGAUUUACCACAUCUAGACAGUCCCAAUCCCUGGCUGUCGUCAUUGAGUGCUUCAUCCAUGGUGGCCCCAGUCACUUUUGCAUCUAUUGUAGAAGAAGAACUACAACAGGAAGCAGCUCUUAUCAGAAGUCGAGAAAAACCCUUGGCUUUGAUUCAGAUUGAGGAGCAUGCGAUACAGGAUUUAUUGGUUUUCUAUGAGGCAUUUGGCAACCCUGAUGAGUUUGUCAUUGUUGAAAGGACAUCGCAGGGACCACUGGCAGUACCUCUGUGGAAUAAGCAUGGAUGCUAGUGCAUUUGGAGUUGAGAUGCAUUUUUCAUAAAUCAUCUUGGUUAUAAAGACAUUGUGGAAAAGAGUUCUUAAUUACAUGGGUAAAAGGUCAUUCUAGGUAGAAUGAGAAUCUAAUUUCUUUACAACAGUUUAAGCAUAUAAUGUUUGUAUGAUUGAAAAGAAAUUCCUUAGAAUUGUGAUUUUAGUAACUUAGGUAAAAAUGUGUGAGAGGAAAACUUACUAGGUUAAAUUUAAAUAGAAUUAUUUCUUCUGCAUAGUCUCAAAAGGAAAACGAGUGAUCAAAGUAUGAAAUUUAAGAGUGGUACAUUAAAAAUAACUUCCCAUUUGAGAAUUUGGGACAAUAAUAUAGAUGAUUUUUUGCCAAAUAUCUGUUGUAAUUCUUUUUUAAUAUAACAUUGAUGAGCUUAAGAUCAUCAGACAUUACUUCUGAUCUGUUAAUGGCCAAGAUUUUACAUUUGCUACAAUAGUUUAUUCCUCCAUUCUUGUGUCUUUUUUCAUUAGGCUAUGAAUAUUCUAGGUCUGUUUAAAGCUUGAAAUGCUCAUAUGUCAUAUUUCAGUUUCAACAGCACAUUCUCCAUUUUGCACUUAACUGUGGAGUACAGUGGAAAAGAAAUAUGAACACUAUUUUGAACACUUGUCUAAGAUAAUAGUUCCUUUAUAAGAACUGGAGUCAUUGUGGUUUGUUUUUUUUUUGGUGGAGAGAGACUUUAUAAAAGCCUGAUAAUGAGAGAAUCAGUUUCUUAAAACAUUAAAUUUUUCAAAAACAAAUGCUUAAUUAUUCAUACAAGAAUUGAGUAGUUUGGAAAAAAGUUGGGUAAUAGUUGCCUUUAUAAUAUUAUAUAAUCAGAAGUUUUCUGAGUGGGUUAUAUGACUAGACGUAAACACUUUUCUUCACAUAAUGCUGUUUGGUUUGUUUUUGAAUGGUUUAGUUUUUUAAAAACAUGGUAAAUCUGUGCUGUAAUACUUAGACAAACUGGGAAGGUAAAUGUUCUAGUUUCUGAGACACAAGCCUAGAGGAACAUAGAGGCAGUUCACUGCAAUACUAACUCAGUGUGUGAAGGUUAGCUCUACCUAAACGCAGCAAACUUGUAAGCAUAUGUUCAAUAAAAAUCUUGGUCCAUUUCACUGCUAA